GGGUCGUUGCAGCGGGUUCUGCGGGUCUCCCCCUCCUCUACUCUUUUCCCUCCCUCCCUUUCCCUCCCUCGACGGCGGUAGGUCGUCCGUCGCAGACUCCCUGACCCGUCCCUAACCCCUUUCUGACCUCGGGGCUACCGGAUUGGCCUUUUCCCGUUUCCCGGCCCAACCCCAGAGUCAGGGCGGGGGCCUUGAGGAGGCGGAGGCGGUGCCACGGAGGAGAGAAAAGACCCGACGACCCUCGGCUCCCCCGCCGGAUCGCACGGCUCGCAGCCGCCAUGGCAAUGAGGCAGACGCCUCUCACCUGCUCGGGCCACACGCGGCCCGUGGUGGAUCUGGCCUUCAGUGGCAUCACGCCUUACGGCUAUUUCCUGAUCAGCGCUUGCAAAGAUGGUAAACCUAUGCUACGCCAGGGAGAUACAGGAGACUGGAUUGGAACAUUUUUGGGUCAUAAGGGUGCUGUUUGGGGUGCAACAUUAAAUAAGGACGCCACCAAAGCAGCUACAGCAGCUGCAGAUUUCACAGCCAAAGUGUGGGAUGCUGUCUCUGGAGAUGAAUUGAUGACCCUGGCUCAUAAACACAUUGUCAAGACUGUGGAUUUUACACAGGAUAGUAAUUACUUGUUAACCGGGGGACAGGAUAAACUGUUACGCAUAUAUGACUUGAACAAACCUGAAGCAGAACCUAAGGAAAUCAGUGGUCAUACUUCUGGUAUUAAAAAGGCUCUAUGGUGCAGUGAGGAUAAACAGAUCCUUUCAGCUGAUGAUAAAACUGUUCGCCUUUGGGAUCAUGCUACUAUGACAGAAGUGAAAUCUCUAAAUUUUAAUAUGUCUGUUAGCAGUAUGGAAUAUAUUCCUGAGGGAGAGAUAUUGGUAAUAACUUAUGGACGAUCUAUUGCUUUUCAUAGUGCAGUAAGUUUGGACCCAAUUAAGUCUUUUGAAGCUCCUGCAACCAUCAAUUCCGCAUCUCUUCAUCCUGAGAAAGAAUUUCUUGUUGCAGGGGGUGAAGAUUUUAAACUUUAUAAGUAUGAUUAUAAUAGUGGAGAAGAAUUAGAAUCCUACAAAGGACACUUUGGUCCCAUUCACUGUGUGAGGUUUAGUCCUGAUGGAGAACUCUAUGCUAGUGGUUCUGAAGAUGGAACGCUGAGACUAUGGCAGACUGUGGUAGGAAAAACAUACGGCCUUUGGAAAUGCGUGCUUCCUGAAGAAGAUAGUGGUGAGCUGGCAAAGCCAAAGAUCAGUUUUCCAGAGACAGCGGAAGAGGAGCUAGAAGAAAUUGCUUCAGAGAAUUCAGAUUCCAUCUAUAGCUCAACUCCUGAAGUUAAGGUCUGAGCAGCAGGCAGAUGUACACAACUUAUGGACUAAAACAAACAGAGAAAAGCAUCAGCCUCCAGAGUUACUCUCUGCUUAAGGCAAACAUGAGCAGUACAUAAUGAGGAAUAUGAAUUAGCUCCAGUGCUGGAACUAACCAAUAGGUGAUACCUGUAAGUGAAAACACAGGAGUAUCAGCUGAAGGCAGAUGGAGUUAUACUCUUGUAGUACGAUAGUCUGUUGUCUUUUAAAUGAAUAUGUGCAAACCAACAUCCAAUUUCUCUUAUUACAGGUAGAUUUCUUGUAGCUGUUUAUGUUAUUAUCAAGAGGGAAAAUAUAUUGGUCUAUUUUUCUGACUUUUCCCUUAAAGCAGAAAGCCAUUUUUUUUGCUUUAGUUAUAAAGAAGAGGGGGAAUACAUGAUAAAGUAACUGGUUUGAUUUCUCUUUCAUUGUACACUGCUUCUGAACAUCUAAUUGUUUUUAGUUGUCUAAAUAAAUUGCCUCUAAAACAAAACUGUGUUU